GACCAAAGCGGCCGCCGCAUCGCCAUCCUCGGCGCCAUCGACGGCCAACAGGGCAUUCUGACCGCCGAACGCACCGCCUUCGCAACCGAGACGCCCGCCGUCCUCCGAGCCUUCCACGCCGCGAUCACGCACGUCACCAACCUCGGCGACAACGACAUCUACCGGUGGUAUCUGGCGUCGUCCGGCCCGGACGCCGGCGGGCAGCAGCCGCCAGACCUCAAGCUGAACCUCAUCUGGCCGUGCACGGAAUCCCACAUCAAGAAGUACUCGGAGCAGGUGGUUCGCAUGGUCACGGAGACGCCGGCGAUCUACCGCGACCACGUCCGCCCGUACAUGCGCGCCAAGCGCGAGGAAGGGCGGCUGAACUGGGUGUUCAACAUCCUCGAGGGCCGGACGGAGCAGGAGGAUGUGAUCCUGCGGGAUGAGGGGGGACACCACGAUGGGGCGGCCGACGACGAUGCCAACGAUGAUGGGUUUCUGAUGCUGCCGGACUUGAAUUGGGACCGCAAGACGAUGGGGUCGUUGCACUUGCUGGCCUUGGUGCAGCGGAGGGAUAUCUGGAGCUUGCGCGAUCUCAAGAAGAGACACAUCCCGUGGUUGAAGUAUCUGCGGCAGCGGCUGCUCGAAGGCACGGCGAAGAUGUAUCCGGAGCUGGAGCAGGAUCAGUUGAAGCUUUAUGUGCACUACCAGCCGACAUACUACCAUUUCCAUAUCCACGUCGUCAACGUCAUGCUGGAAGCGGGCGCGACACAGGCCACCGGGAAAGCCUUUGGAUUGGAGAAUCUCAUCUCUCAGCUGGAAACUCUCUCCGGUGACGAGGAUGCAGGCCUGGCGGAUGUGAGUCUGACUUACUUCCUGGGAGAAGCCAGCGAGCUGUGGACGAACAUCUACGGACCGUUGAAGAGAGGGGAAAAGCCGCUGGCCGCAUGA